AAAGGGUUGCACUCCUUCUCCUCCGCUUUUCGUCUUCAGUCACAGCGCCACCUCAUGGUUGAGUAAAGCUUUGAGAGAGGACUCAUUCUUCAGGGAUAAGGAAUGAGUCCUACCACUUUCCGUGCCAUGAAGAUUACUUAGCAAAAUCAAGAGCGAGAAUAUCUCCUUUUUAGGUCCUGCUAUGGCCCAGGCGGCCUAGUUCUCGGAGGACCCAGACUCUAUGAUCAGUGAUGAAGACGGGCCUUUUCCGUCGGCGCUUGCGCAGUGCGAGGUGGUUCCGCAUGCGCGGUGGGGUUGGGCGCAGCGCACGCUGAGGAGGCUCGGCAGCCGGCGCGGGUGUAUCAAGUCUGAUCGCUUGGAUUAAAGAGCACGGCGUGGGACCCUAGUGCGGGAUUCACAUACAUACCUCAGAAUGCCGGGUCUAAGUUGUAGAUUUUAUCAACACAAAUUUCCUGAGGUGGAAGAUGUAGUGAUGGUGAAUGUAAGGUCCAUUGCUGAAAUGGGGGCUUAUGUCAGCUUGCUGGAAUACAACAACAUUGAAGGCAUGAUUCUUCUUAGUGAAUUAUCUAGAAGACGUAUUCGUUCUAUAAAUAAACUCAUCCGAAUUGGCAGGAAUGAAUGUGUAGUAGUUAUUAGAGUGGACAAAGAAAAAGGAUAUAUUGACUUAUCAAAAAGAAGAGUCUCUCCAGAGGAAGCAAUCAAAUGUGAAGACAAAUUCACAAAAUCCAAAACUGUUUAUAGCAUUCUCCGCCAUGUUGCUGAGGUGUUAGAAUACACCAAGGAUGAGCAGCUAGAAAGCCUGUUUCAGAGGACUGCCUGGGUCUUUGAUGACAAGUACAAGAGACCUGGAUAUGGUGCCUAUGAUGCAUUUAAGCAUGCUGUCUCAGACCCAUCUAUUUUGGAUAGUUUAGAUUUGAAUGAAAAAGAACGGGAAGUACUCAUUAGCAAUAUUAAUAGGCGUUUGACUCCACAGGCUGUCAAAAUUCGAGCAGAUAUUGAAGUGGCUUGCUAUGGUUAUGAAGGCAUCGAUGCUGUCAAAGAAGCCCUGAGAGCAGGUUUGAACUGUUCUACAGAAACCAUGCCCAUCAAGAUAAAUCUAAUAGCUCCUCCAAGGUAUGUGAUGACUACGACAACCCUGGAGAGAACAGAAGGCCUCUCUGUCCUCAAUCAGGCUAUGGCUGUUAUCAAAGAAAAGAUUGAGGAAAAGAGGGGAGUGUUCAAUGUUCAAAUGGAGCCCAAAGUGGUCACAGAUACAGAUGAGACUGAACUUGCGAGGCAGCUGGAAAGGCUUGAGAGAGAAAAUGCAGAAGUGGAUGGAGAUGAUGAUGCAGAAGAAAUGGAGGCCAAAGCUGAAGAUUAACUUUGUGGGAAACAGUCCAAUUUAAGGAACACGAAGCAGCCCUUCCUGGCUGUAAACCUUAGACUUGAAAGUUUUCCAGUAUUGAAAACUUCAAAGCCGAUUAUUUUUUAUUUCUAAGUAUUUAAAUGUUCCAACAGACCAGAACAUGAAAUGCCCUCCUAAAUGUCAGCUGCUUUCACACAAUGACUCCAAAACACUGAGCAUUUUUUUAAGGGAGUGGCUUGAUUUUACUAGAGCAAAUCUUUAAGAACAGUCCUAAAAUUGGAUUUGUGCUUUCCAUUUCUGAUGUGUCCCAAUUGGCACUCUUUGAGAUUUACCAGCAACACCCAACCCAAACAAUAGCAGUCCUAAUCUUCCAUAUAAAAUGUAUUCAAGCAAACAUCAAAUAAAUUUCUGGGAUAUUUAA